AUUCUUCCGAAGAUGGCAAUGUUUGUGUGCCGCCCUGGGAGACAUUUCACCAAUCAUGCAUACAGUUUGUUGAAUUGAGAUACACAUGGCAGGAAGCUCGGACCUGGUGUUUGAAUAUGGAUUCAGACCUUUUGAGCAUAAUAAUCAGACAAGAAGAUGUGAAAAUUGAUCCCUUUUUAUAUCACUACUUGAAUUAUACUACUAUAAACUGGUGGAUUGGCUUAUAUAAAGUUGAAGAAACCUGGAUAUGGACAUAUAAUAAUGAGAGCUAUUCUGGAAUACCAAAGUGGGCACCAGAUUCACAAUGGAAUAACACAUUUUCAGUGGAUAAAUGUGGCCUCAUCGAAUACCAGGGAUAUUUAAAAAAUAUGAACUGUAACGUUCGACGACACUUCAUUUGUGAACGAAACAAAACAAUACAGCUGACAACACUGACGCAUUCAUCUCCCACUACCCGAGUUUCAACAGCACCAACAACUUCAACAAAUUCAACAGCAUCACCAACCACAACAAGAUCAACAACAUACGCUAUACCAACACCAGAUAUAAGAACACCAUCUACGAGGAUUACAGAAAGUCAUGAAGAGACGCCCACCACGAGAAAAACAACCACCAUACUUCCAUCAUCAUUCACAAACACUACAACAAGCGGCAUUACUACACAGUCUACAACUCAAGCUCCCGUUAAGUCGACUACCACAACUGGCACAAAUCAAACAGAAAUGAGCAGUCCAAGUCAGUCUACCACUGAAAAAACCAUUACUGGAAUCACGUCAGAAAGCACAGCUAUUCCAACAACUGAGAGUAUCACAACUGAAAAAGAAUUGAGCAGUCCUAGUAAGUCUACCACUGACUACACAAUAACUGAGAAAACGUCAGAAAGCACAGUUGUUCCAACAACUGAGAGUAACACAACAGAGGACCACACUGUACACAAGACUGAAACAUCUACUGUUAUCCCUAUAACAAGAACUUCGUCAAAAAGUACGAGUGUCUAUACAACUGAUUCACAUACCACUGUUAAUCAUACAGAAAGUUCCACACCCUCGACACACAUGCCAUUUACCGAUGAACAAACUACACAAAAUACAUCAACAGAAUCUCAAAUAGAAGAAAGGGACUUGUUUCGGGGAUGCUUCAAAAUAAACUACGAAAGCACGUGUCCACCAGUUGAAGCAUUUGGGUUUUCUUGGCCUCGCUCUGCAGCUGAUACAUUGGUUAGAGUUCGUUGCAAUUCAGGUUUUGCAAAUUGGAAAUGUGACACGAAUCCUACAUGUUGGAGGGGUGAACCGGAUGUCAAACAAUGCACUUCAGAGAGCGUACAAGAACUUACAAAUCAGAUGGAAGAAUUUCUAACAAAUACAAGCAACUCAGAAAAAGCACUUGAGUUUACAGUUAAUUUAGCGGCAUCUGUAGAAACAGAGAGUGUGAUGUCAGAACAAGAUUUAUUCCAGUCAACAAAAUUAAUGGACGCGGCUUCAAAAGCCAAGCCAAAGAACUCGACUGAAGCAACCAGUAUCAUCCGGAACGUUGCUAAAUGUGGAAGCGGUUUGGUCGGAAAGACUGAUACAUGGACGUCUAUGAACAAAGAAAGUCAGAGGUCAGUAGCAUCGUCAUUGCUUACAUCCAUGGAAUCUGUUACCAAUAAUAUGAUUGAAAGCUUUGAGAAGCCAAUAGUGGAAACUAUACAGGAGGAAAACAUGGCAAUACAGCUACAAGUUAUCGAUGUUGUCAAAAAUGGAUCAGAAGCAGUUGACACUAUCUUUAAAGCAGACGAAAACGAUUUUGCAAUACCGCAGGAAAAUUUAAAGAGUUUUAGCACAGGUGGUUUGGCGAGAUUGGUGUUCAUCAACUAUAAGUCAGUGGGAGAUUAUAUGGUUCCAACUGACUACAAUACAGACGACUCUACAGAACGCCAAAUGAUAAGUCAAGUGAUUAGCGCGUCUCUCAGCCAAAAACCUGCGAACGAACCGCUGCUUCAACCUGUCGUGUUCACUUUGAAAGUCGAGAAGAUGAAGCCAUACCAAAACAUAACACAGCUUUGCUCCUUUUGGAAUUUUAGUCUUGGACAUACUGGAGCAUGGUCGCAGGAAGGCUGUUCACUUAAAGAGAAUAACAAUUCACAUGUGACGUGUCAGUGUGAUCAUCUUACCAACUUUGCUAUCUUGAUGGAUGUCCAUAGUACUAAGGUGGCAGAUGUCCAUUCUAUUGUUCUGUCAUAUAUAACAUAUGUGGGAAUUAUCAUAUCCAUUAUUUGUCUGGUGAUGUCUUGGAUAACAUUUGUGUGUCUCAGUAUAAGAUGUAUACGCGGAUCACGGAGUAGUUAUGGAUACGGUGAAGGCAAAGAGUAUUAUGGAAAUAGCAGUAGUUAUUCUGGGUCUACUGCCAGUUCACGAUCCAUUCAAGGAGAGAGAAAUUCCAUACAUAAGAACUUGGCAUUUUGCCUUUUUAUAGCAGAAGUUCUAUUUCUGUUUGGAAUAGAAAGAACGGAUAAUAAGAUUGCCUGUGCUGUCAUAGCCGGAUUUUUACAUUAUUUCUUUCUGUCGAGUUUUACAUGGAUGUUUGUUGAGGGUAUCCAUAUAGUAUUUAUGUUGGUACAAGUGUUUGACGCCGCCAGAUCUCGACUUAAAUACUACUAUAUCAUAGGAUAUGGUGCUCCUUUACUAGUAAUUGCUAUUUCUACAUUAGUAUAUUAUGAAGGUUAUGGGACAGAUAAAUAUUGUUGGCUGACAUCAGAAAGAAUGUUUAUUUGGAGCUUUGCUGGUCCUAUUGUUUUCAUUCUGCUUGUGAACCUUGUCGUCCUCGUUUAUGCUAUGUUUGCUGUAUGUAAACAUUCCGAGUAUGUGUUUACUAAAGACAAGUCCACGUCCUACAACAUCAAGUCAUGGAUACAGGGGGCGUUGGCGAUGGAAGUUCUGUUGGGACUUACAUGGGUGUUUGGAUAUUUCUAUAUCAGUGAAGAAGCGAUACCUAUUGCAUACUUAUUUACAAUUUUCAACAGUCUCCAGGGACUAUUCAUCUUUGUUUUCCAUUGCCUGCUCAACAAGAAGGUCCGGAAGGCAUAUUCUCGGUUCAUAGAUUAUCCAGGGAGACUUACGUCAAGCGGGACUCAUUCAACGAAAGCUGACCAGCAGAAUGGAUCAGGUCCAACAUUUGCAUCUUAUCACAUGCGUGGAACGAGAAAACAUUCAAAAUUUUUAGAUCUCACAGAUGACAGACGUCCAUCAUCUAUGUCUACAACAUCUGCUUAAAACCAAAUUUACAAGAGACUAUA